GCGAGUACAGAGCUGUUUUUUUAAAAUUUGCUUUAGAAUAAAAAUAAAUUGGAUUUAAACUUACGUAAUUUAGGGUCAUUUUCAUGCGAGCAUUAUUCAUUUAUGAGACAAUAUUUCAAAAAACCGAGCUUGUACUCGCCGAGAUAUAACCUUUCUAAAUAACAUAUCCAAAAAUGAACAGUAUUCGAUCAUUUUUGAGCGUGAAAAAUGGAAAAUACGAACACUAUUUGUAUGGAUUAAAGACAUCGAAAAGUCGCCAUGAAAGUAAACAAAUUUGCGUUAUCGAUGGUUUGUUUACAUAUUUUAGUUGAAGCAUUUUCAAUAAAGAGAGCGUUUGUGCAGUUUUUGCAAUUUUUGCAUUUUGAGAAACGCGCGUCUAGAGUCUGACGGGCUACAAAACGUUCCCACCAAUCACAGCGUAGCGGUAUGUUUAUCACCGUUAUCACUGAUGUUGGAUUAAGUUAUUUACGUAAAAAUGGAACUUGGAAGUUGAAGUUUGCGUUAUUCCGAAUAAUUAAAACACCGUCACAAUCAUGUAUCUUCGAACUUCGAAGUUUGAAAGUUUUCAGCUGACGUGAAAAUGAAAGUUUUGCCACUUCUCUUGAAAAUAACAUCCGGACUUCACGUAAAAUGGCAUCUUUCAAAGCUGACUGUAACCUAUGCGACAAAUCAUUUUCUUCAAAUAGUAAUUUGAGAAAACAUCUCAAAAAUAUACACUUUCAAUCAUCUACAAGUAUUCGAGAGCAAGUACCUCGCAAAAAAGAAGGGAAUUUCAAAUAUGUUUGCUCCGAGUGCCCAAAAUCAUUCAAUUCGUUGAAAAAUUUCAAAUACCACAAUCAAGUUCAUAAUCAAGAUUCAUCUUUACGAGUAAAAGUAGUUCAAUGUCCGUUAUGCGUCUUCAAAGGUAACAGUACUGAAAUUUCAAAACAUUUUAGUGAUGAACAUCAGAUAUUAUACGAAGUUGAAAACCUAGAAUUUGAUACAUGGAAUACUUUUAUGAGCUGGAAGAAACUCAAAGAAAAAAAAACGCAUUGUAAAUUUAUUCUGAAGCGACGUCAAGAAAAAAGUACUGCACAUUUCAUAUGUCACCGCAGUGGUACUUUCAAAAGUAAAGGCAAAAAUUUGAGACUGUUGAAAAUUCAAGGUUCCAAAAAAAUUAAUGCUUUCUGUCCAGCGGCUAUUGAUGUUGUGAUCGGUAAAAAUGUAUGUCGUGCUAAUUUCAUUUCAACUCAUGUUGGGCAUUGUAAUGAUCUGAAACAUCUUAAUGUUUCACCUACAAAACGUGAAGAAAUUGCCAGGCAACUGCAAUUAAAAAUACCCGCUCCGGUCAUUCUGAGUAAUAUACGAGAUUCGCUUGAGGGUGAUAUAGAAAGAGAGCACUUGUUAACCAACAAAGAUUUACACAAUAUCCGCGCAGCUUUUGAUAUUUCUAAUGAAGAAGUGCGGGAUUCCAGUGAUGCACGAAGUGUUGAUAUUUUAAUCAAAGAACUGCGAUUACAGGAAAGUCAUCCUGUUAUUUUUUACAAACCUCAAGACGUUGAAGAUCCGAAUUCGAUUUUGAAACCAUCUGAUUUUGUAGCAAUUUUCAUGAACGAUGGCCAGAAAGAAAUGUUGAAAGAAUACGGCAAAAAUACAAUAUGCGUGGACGGUACUCAUGGCAUGGGAUACGAUUUCAUUCUUUACACUAUAUUAGUUUUAGAUAGUGUCAAUCAGGGAUUUCCUUGUGCAUUUUUACUAACGAAUCGCUCUGACCAAGCUAUUUACGAAUUUUUUUUCUCUAAAAUCAGAGACUCCGUUGGAUUGAUUGACACGAAUCUAUUUAUGUCAGACAUGGAAGUGGGUUUUGGCAAUGCUUGGACUAGAAUUAUGGGACCACCUAAGAAACAAUUAUAUUGUACAUGGCAUGUUGUGAGAGCAUGGCAGCAAAAUCUGAACAGAAUUGGUGGCGAACGUGAAGCUGAUAAGAAAAACGAGACAUAUAAACAAUUACGUGUUCUAUUAGAAGAGUUGGAUGAGAAUAAAUUCGAACUUUUAUUGCCGGAUACCAUCGCUCGGUGGAAAGAAGACAAAGAUACAAAAAAUUAUGCAGAAUAUUUUGAAAGUACGUACGUGAGUAAUAGAAAGCAGUGGGCAUAUUGUUAUAGGAAGCAAAGUGGACUGAAUUCGAAUACUCAUCUAGAGAGUCUUCACCGAACGUUGAAGUAUGUGUAUUUAGAAGGGAAAAAAGUGAAACGAUUGGACUGGACAAUUUCAAUAUUGAUGAAAUUUAUACGUGACCGUUUAUUUGAUCAGAUUAUUCUUCAUCAUAAAGGCAAGCUUACAAAAAAAAUUCAGGACCUGAGAAGACGACAUCGAACUGCUGUUGCCAAUAGAAAUGAUUCGUUGAUUACUUAUGACUCUACUGAUGAACGUUGGAUUGUAUCGUCAAAACAGAUAUAUUAUGUUGAGAAAAACGAUGCGAAUUGUACAUGUAGUCUUAUAUGUACAUUAUGUAAUGCAUGUCUGCAUAGGUAUAGUUGUACAUGCUUAGAUUAUUCAAUCAAAUGGAACAUGUGUAAGCAUGUACAUGAAGUGUGCAUGAUUGAAAAUGAAAAGAACAACGUUAGUGUUGAUAUUAAUAAUGCUAAUGCUCAUGCUCAUUGUGCAACUUUGGAAUCAUUUGAAAGUAUCAACAACAACAACUCUGCAGUUAUUUCUACAAAAAUCAAGGAUAUAUUACUCGUUGAUGCUGAAAAGGAUGUCAGUGAGGAGGAUUUGAAGAUGAAAUUUAAUUCUGUUCUAAAUUUAGCAAAAAAUAAAGACGAUCGAAAGUUGGUGAUGAAAUAUUUGAACAAGGUUCAAUUAUGCAUCGAAUCUGAUGUUUUAAAAUCUGCACCUGUCUGUAAGAAGGAUAAUAAAUCGAAGAGUCGUGAUUAUGUGAGGAAUAUUCAACCUCAACCAAGAAUUUAUUCUACUAAAAAAAAAACGCGCUAGUUCAGCUAAAUUUCAAGCACCACAGGAAGAGGAGAAAAAUGACAUAGGAUUAGAUGUUAUGUUUAUGAAUAUUGAAGAACUUGAGAUUGAAUUACCUUCUAUUGACUAAAAAAAACGCUUAUUUGUUUGUUACCUGUGAUCAAAUGAUUUUUACCUAAAGUAGUAUUUACUUUAAAUUGUUUCAAGGUGCCAAACUGAAACUAAAGUGAUAUUCAUUUUUUUCAUUUUUUUAUUAUAUAUUGUGUUGUAUCUGUAAGUGUAUUUCGCUUUAAUGUAGGUAUAAAAAAAAACACUUUUUAUGCCAAAUAUUGGUGGUGAUUUCCAUUUUUUUUUUAUUAUUGUAUUUUUCAAUUACCUACCUACUUUUUUAUUAUUUGUUGUAUCUAAAAAAUAAAAAUCCUAUUUUUAUGCCAAAUAUUGGUAGUCAUAGUCAGGUAGUGAUUUUUAUUUUGUUUUUUUUUAUUAUUCCUUGUAACUGUAACUUGAGUACUUUUUCCUAUUAGUAGUAGCAGAUGAAAUUGUAGUGAUUUCUUCUUAUAAUUUUUGUUUAUUCGUUGUAUUUCUAAGUACCUUCCUACUGAUUGUUUCAAAAAUUUCAUUUUUUUAUUACCAAUUAAGUGAUAAAUAUCAUCAUAAAUACGAUUUAUGAUGUUUUUUUUUCUUUUAGUUUUUGUACUAAU